UCCUUUGGGAUCGUUUUUCUUACAAGAUGAAUGGGCCCGGAGAACAAUCCUAGCACGAUUCUAUUAGUCAAAUUGAAAACUGAGGGGUAAUAGAACCACGUCGCAUCUUUCUAUAUUGAAAACAUCCUUCCCACCUCUAAAAAACAAUUCUACGACGGCAACAUCGCUUCAUUCGAUACGGGUCCAAUAAAUCAUCUCUAUGGAUAAACAGAAGCGCCAGUAUAUUGUGUAGUUUGUACAAGAGUUAAUUCGAAAGCUCCAAAUGUCCGAACCACCGAUCGCGAAAGACCAUAGAGAGAAUGACAGUGGUGUUGGUGGAUUCAUAGAAGUGAUUGUGACCAAAUUUAAUCAGCCCAAAUGCUCGUCCGUGAAAAGAAAAAGAACAAAUCGAUGGUUUCAGAAGAGCAGAAAAGUGACAUGCAGAGAUUGUGGUCGGUUUCACGAAGGACAAUGUAAUGAGCUAGCACUGCAGGAUGACGAAGGACAUAACUGGUGGUCUAUUAUCUUCUCCCUCCUAGUAAUUGGUCUUGUUAUCUCCGGGAUAGUUGCUGCCAUUUUCUUCGUAGGAUACGUGGAUGAGUUACUUUACUGGCACGGUAGGAGAAUGCAGCUAGAAGAAUAUUUGCAGGGAGACCUGAACCCAAGACGAUUGCCUUCCUCCUGGAUAUCCUCAACACAUUUCGUUUUUCAAUCUGACGACGGUAGUCUGGCAGUCUUGGAAAUGGGAAACAACAUCACUGUCAGCGUUCUGGUGACAAAUCAUACUUUGAGACAACUCAACGUCAAAGGAUAUCAGUGUUCCAGGGAUCUUAAAUAUGUUCUUUUUCAACAUAAUGUAAAAACGUAUCCAUGCUUUGAUGACUAUUACCAUUUAGAACAUAAUAAGAAACACAUAAAUCGAAUUAAAUCGGUAUUCAGACAAUCCUUCACAGCUCAUUAUACAAUAUAUGACGUCGAAAAAGAUCACCACAUACCCUUGAGACUAGAACAUUCGCCGAAAACUCAACCCGAAAGACUCCAAUACGCAAAGUGGCUAGGAAGUACUAAUUCCAUAAUCAUAGUGUACAAUAACGAUAUUUAUCUGAGGGAAUCUCCCUUAUAUGAAAAUGACAAUAGAUUAACUUUCACUGGUAAAUCGGACAUCGUUUACAAUGGGAUUCCAGAUUGGUUGUACCAAGAGGACAUCUUGAGGAAUCCCGAAGCCUUAUGGACUUCCCGUGAUAACACUCACAUAUUAUAUGCAUCUUUCAACGAUUCCGAAGUAGGACUAUUGAAUUUCCCCUGGUUUUCAACGGCGCCAGUUCUCGCAGGAAAAUCUACCCACAAACCCUCCUUUCCGAAUUAUAGAACAGUUAGGUAUCCAACGCCAGGUAGCAACAAUCCUAAGGUGGAGUUGUACAUCCUGGAUAUUACGAAUAUCACGGAUUUGCAGAGGUAUCAAGUGAUCCCACCUAAGGCUCUUGUUGGACAAGAUUAUUAUUUGACGUCAGCCGGCUGGAUCGGCCAGAAGAAUACACAUCUCUCGGUGGUUUGGAUGAACAGAGCACAGAAUCUGAGCAUUGUUUCUUCCUGCUUGUCGCCGAAUUGGACUUGUAUAGAUAUCCAUACAGAGAGAGCUUUCGAGCAUUCUUGGUUGGAAAUUCAAGAACAGCCUACGUUUUCUCCAGAUGGAGACAGCUUCCUGGUGCUGGCACAGGUGCGAGAGGGCAAUACAGGAACCUUCACACACAUCAAGCAUGUUAUCGUCACAAGGCAGCAUAUAGCUGUUCUUGGUCAUGGAAGGCAUGAGGUCGACCGUAUUCUAUCAUGGGAUCCAUUCGCUAAUCUCAUAUACUACCUAGCAACAGAAGAAAAUAAACCUGGUCAAAGACAUCUUUUUGUUGUAAGAGACCCAACAACAGACGAUCCUCGUCGGUUAGAAUCUCAAUGCAUCACAUGUGACUUAUCCGAUGUACUAUGGAGUAGUAGAUAUUUGUAUGGUAAUUGCACUCAUUUUAAUGCACUGGUUAGCCCUCGUACAGAUUCUUCCAGCCAUUCCUACUACGUCCUUCAGUGCGAAGGACCAGGUCUUCCAUUAGCAGGCGUUCAUAACGCGACGUCCCACCGUCUGUUGAAGGUGCUGUACGAUACUAGAAUUACACAUCUUCCACGUUUGCAAGAACUAGCCCUGCCCAAGCAGAAGUUCUUGGAAGUACCACUUCCCCAGGGGAACAGAGCGCAGGUACAAAUGCUGCUACCCCCAAGUUGGCGGGAAGAACUGAGAGAUGCUGCUUAUCCUGUUCUUGUUGAAGUUAAUGGCAGGCCAGGCAGCAAAUCAGUGACUGACGAAUACGAAGUGGACUGGGGGACGUACAUGUCCAGCCACAGUGAUGUAGUUUACGUGAAAUUAGACGUUAGAGGUGCUUGUGGACUCAGUGACAAAGCCUUAUACCACCAGCUCGGUGGUGUAGAAGUUCAAGACCAAAUGUCAGUUUUACAGUAUCUGUUCGAAAAGUACAAAUAUUUGGACAAGACUCGUGUGGGUUUGUGGGGAUGGGGUUACGGUGGUUACGUUACCACUAUGGUUCUUGGAUUAGGGAACCAACAAAAGGUUUAUAAGUGUGGUGUUGCAGUCAGUCCCAUCGCAGAUUGGUUAUUUUACAAUUCUGCUUUCACGGAACGUAUCCUUGGUCUUCCAACCGACAACUAUAAGGGAUACGUGGAGGCUGACGCUACUCAACGAGCGAAAAACAUUCCUAGAAAAUCGUUCUUCCUAAUCCACGGAUUGGCUGACCUCACGACGCCAUAUCAACAUGGCGUCCAGCUAGCUCGGGCGCUUACAGAUGCUGGAAUUCUCUUUCGGUAUCAGAGCUAUGCUGAUGAGGGCCACGAACUGCGUGGCGUGUUGGAACACGUCUAUCGUUCAAUGCAAGAAUUUUUUGAAGAGUGCCUUAGUUUAGACUCAGAUGAAAGUAGCAAAGAUAGAGAAGCAGAUACCUGAAGGUUGGCCAAUCGGCUGUUGUUUUACCACCGAUUCAUGGCCUUUUUAAGACUGCAAACCUAGAGCGAAACCUGCUUCGUAGUGUCGUUUGAAAAACUGAAGAAAGCGACCCCUCAACCGAGCUUCCACUCGGUUAAAAACAGGGAAGUGAAAUCAAUUUUUGAGUAGCAGAGGCGAAGAAUAAAUGAAGUACGAAAUUUUAUUAAAUAGUGAAUGGUUAUUAUGAAAUUGUGUUUGACUGAUGUUUGUUUUUAUCCAGGAAUUUUUCCUUUUGUUUGAGGUGGAUCUGAUAUCAAUGCUUUUCAUCGAAAUUGAAGACAGCUCAAAAACACCAGUUUCUUAUUGCGAAUACAGGGUGGUUUAUCAGCUCAUCGAAGAACAAGGUGUUGAAGUUUUAUUUUUAUUUGAUGACCUCCACAAACGAGGAAAUAGUAAUAAAAUAGGUGGCGUCCCCUAAAAAAACAAAACUACUUAAUUAAACGUCAGAAUCAUUUCCUUGGCAUUAUUGUGAAAAAUUUUACGUAGAUAUGAUAGAGGAAUCGAUUAUUUGACUAAAAAAUGUGCUAGAAGUACUCUCAAAAGGUUAUGAAUCUCAAUAAAAGAAAGAAAUGUGUAGGUAGCGCCCCCUACGAAUGAGGGCAAUAAUAACAUCAGGUUCGAAUUCGACACCUCAAAAAACCUCUUAAUACCAAUUUUCCGAAAGUUAUUAAAAAAACGAAAAUAACAACAAAACUUCAACUUGAAAUGGGACAUAUGUUCCCUUAAUGUAUUUUGUUAAAAUGACAUGAUCAUUCAUAUGGCAUAAGUUUAUCGGUGAUCUGAUAAAUCAUCGUGUAUACUCUUCUCAUUCAAAAUAUCAUCAUUUAAAUUAGUUUAAACUAAAUUGAUAAACAUUUUUUGAGGAGCAAAUUUCAUUGAGUUCUUCAAAUCUUUAGUAUUUAAGUACUAUCCAUUUAUUCAAAUUCACAUACACAUCCGCCAAAUCAUUCUCGGAACAUAGGAUUGACAAUACGUUUGUAGAAUAUAAGAAGUCUAAACAGACUGGUAUAUCCACUGAUCAAAUUUUUUUUAACAUAAUUUUAGCGACUAGAACUGAGCAUUGCCACAAUAUCUUUUUCUUACAUAGAACUUGCCUUGCUCCAUUGGUAAAGAAAGAAAAACAAUCAAAAAGGAAUCUUUCAUUCAUCAAAUUAUUUUUACGUUGGUAGGCAAUCAGAUCGUAAUUCUGCAAACUCAUUGUAAAUUCUAUGUUACUAAUCCGCUUUUUAGACAUAGAUAAUAUCUAAAAACAUAUUUUAGCCAUUUGUAAAUAAUAAUCAAAAUUCAAACUUCAAUUUGAGAAUGAUAAGCAUUGAUUCCUUCAUAAUUCUCAAUAAAUCAAUCUAAGAUGAGGUUUGUCUAUCCAAGAAACUUCAAACUGGUGUCGAUAUACAUAGUUAUGUCAUCAAUAAGAGACUCAAGUAUUAUUAUCUUGCAAAGAUUCCCUAAUUCUUGGCAUUAUAAAAUCAGGUUUAACUAAAAUUAUUUGUUAAAUCAAUUUUUUAUUGAUAUAAUAAUUACAAAUUGUUGAAGAAAUUGAACAGAAUUUCAAUAUUUUAUGAAUAUUAUAAUGAAGCUAUCGUUAGAAAUCGUUAAAAAUCAAACUAGUAUAAGUAACUCAUUAUGUAUAAAAUCAUCUUGAUGUUUCAAUGUUUGUUGUUGAUUAUUUUUGAAAUUUUCUUUUUCUUUUUCCCUUCAAUCUCUUGAAAGCAGACAACGCGUAUUACAGACCUCUACAAAAUUUACACGUAAUUCAAAAUGUUAUAGAUAGUAAUUAUAAUUUAAUAUUGUGUGAGUUAUAAUUUCUCUCAGACAGAAAACUUAAUAUUCUUGAUUUUAUGAGCACUUUCUACAAAAGCUCAUGGACAUGACUGAGAUUUUAUGUAACAAAAUAAUAAUACAUCUACUCAUUUUGUAGGUCUGUAAUUAAAAGAUUAAUGACUGCACAUGUUUAUUAUAUUUUGUAAAAAUUAAUAUAUAGGUAGUAGAACAGAACAUGUCAAUUACUAAUGUUGUCAUUUUGAAAGAUCUCUUGAAUUUUAAGCUUCUUCUAUAUUUAAAGUGUCUGAAAAUGGUUGUGAUGAAAUGUUUUAAUAAUCGAUGUUGGCAUUUCUCAUUGUACCUUCAUUUUUUUUUAACGAGAAAUUUCAAUGCAUUAUAUUCCUAGUGGCAAUAAUGUAAGUACAUAAUGACUGCUGUGUCCAUUUUUCGCUUUUGAUAUACACCAAAAAACUCAGAUAAUAAUAACAAUCAAUACCUAAAUUCAAUGAACAUCAAAAUCAGAAUAACAUUAUACAAUUAUCGGCAAUAAAGUUGAAUACUCAUACACUGAGAUCAUUAUCUACAUUAAAACUUAAAAACUUGUCAAAUCUUAAAUUGAUGUAUUUACAAUAUUGACUUCUAGCUAUUUGUUUUAAAGUUGUAAUACAGGGUAUUUCAAUGGUACUUUUCAGAAUUUUCUUGAUUUUCGUUGAUUUUUUAUUUGCGUAGACUACAUUUCAUAUUAUUUAGCAGUAAGAAAUUAUUCAUCAUGGGCAAUGCUUACCAUUGAAAUUUUUUAGCUUGUUUAAAAUUGUUGAAUUUUUUUAAACAUGCCAACCGCGAAAGAGAACUGUAUAAUUUGAUUGGAUGGUAUUAUUAUAGAAUUAGAUUAUUGCCUUGUGCUUUUUCAAUGGCCGAAUGACAAUCCUUAGAGUUAAAAGUUCAAUCAUUUUCGAUAAGCCUUUCAUUAAAAUUUUUUAAAAGAUAAAAGAUAUUGAAUGCAUGUAUUCUAGGCUCUUAAAAUUAUGUAGAACAUUUUUUGGAUCGAAGUUCUCAAUGAAACAGGACUUUCAUCUUUCCGUAAGACUUCUUUUUGGUGUAAUAGUUACAGAAAUUGACAUAUUAAGAGAACAUGCAUAGAUUAAGCUAUAAAUUAUGGGUUUCACACUAAAAGUAGGAUGGAAUUUCACGUUUUUUCUGUUUAUUUCAAAGUUUAUCAUUUACAUUUAAUAAACGCUGAGAAAUGUGUCUAACAAAUAACCAUUUGUUAGGCAAUAAAUUCAUUGGCCCCAAAGGAAUUUCUGGAAUCUUGGACAACCCUUGUAUAAUCAAAACAUUCUGGCUUCCUCCAAGUGACUUUGGAUAUACUAUACAAGUUUCGUCAGCAUUCUUAAUAUUGAUUGGAAUGAACUUGUAGUUCCAUCAUGAUGCCAAGCUGGUUCUAAAAAAGUGUUAUUUUUCUUUGUUAAAGGCAGAAACUCUAUUGAAUCUAAUUGCUUCAGCUUUGCGUACAGAAACUGAAGGGUUGUGUCUCAUGAAGCCUUAUAUUCAAACCAAUUCUGCUGUUCUGCUGCUUUGAUCAACAUUGUUUUUUAUAAUGUUAAGCUCAGCAAGUUAACUUGUGCAACAAUUUCAUUUUUUUGCUGUGGGGUGAAAAUGAGCCUACGACUUGGGUUGCUCCUAUUUUCAUUUCUCAUUCGAUCUCUCAAAGUGUUGAUUGGGAUGUUAUAUUGUUUUGCAGCUUGUCUUUUCGAUAUCCCUUCAUCAAUUAUCGUGUUAGCAUAUUGAAAGUCUUCUUCACUGCAAACCGCUUUAUCUGUUGUCCUUUGGCGAUUUCUGAGCAUGUCUAUAAGAAAAAAGUCACUAAGUGGUAUAGCCCCAAACGGUCAUUUUGAAUUUCAUCUGAAAUCUGAAAGACACAAUUUUUGAAAUUUGAUUAAGUCAUCACAAAGAAGAAUGGCUGAGCAUUCCGAAUUCUGUUAUUCCACUAGACCAUGAGUAUUCUCUGGAAUACGUUACACCCUAAUCAUUGAGGGGAACUUAUGCCGUAGAAGUAGUCUUGAAGAAUAUUUUUAACUAGGAAUGUAAAAAAGAUUUAUCGAGGAUGAUUCAGAUACGUAUUCAGAAAUGCCUAUUAAAAAUGUUUAAUUGCAAAACUCUGCCGUCAAACUAAUGUAUUGAGUAUCCUCGUAGCACCAUACACUUGAGAACUUUAGUUUUUCAGUUAUGAAUUUUUAAAAAUUUGAUUUUUUCAAUUAUUAUUUUUUUGAAUAAAAAAUUCAUGGAUGGUAAUGAUUGCAUUCAGAUAGCAGUUAUAGUUACCUACUAACCAACGUUGAUACCUACUUCAAUGUAAAUGUGCAAUCCAACUUCAGAAGAAUAAUAAUGAUCUUCUGAUUACGUUGACGCCAAAAUGAAAAUAUUUUCUCAAAUAUAUAUAAAUACAUAAUGAAUUAAAUUUUUCUGUUGCAUUCAUAUUUUUUUCCAUUUAAUUAAAAAUAGGUUAAUCAUAUUUAAUAGAAACAUUAAUUUGUUGAAAAAAUGCGAAAUCUAAAUUUAUAUACACUGUUUCCAUCGAAUAGCACCUGCAAGAAAUAAUAAGUCCUAUUUCAUCGAGAUCGAAACAUCCUAUAUGUAUUUUCAUCAAGCUUCUUCUGAAUUUCAUUCUUUAUAGAUAACAUUUUAACGUUCAAGCAGUUAUCUAUGAAAAAUUAUCUAAGGCUUUUGCUACAAUAAUAUUCUGGUAAUUAUAGUGAAAAUUCAAACUAUAAAUCAUGUAGGUAUAUUCGGAAAAGCCAGCUUGAUGAAGACGGUUCGAGCUCAUAAUAUCAUAUCAUGGUGACCUAAACCUAGUUGACGAGAUCGUAAGCAAUCAGAUUUUCAUAAAUCAAUUCUGCAGACACAGAUUGAAUUGAAUAAUUAUCAAUCAAUAUACCAUCACGUUUUUAUUAUAUAAAAAACACAUUCCCUUGCAAUUUUGUAAGUCCAUAUAUGUUUUGAAAGGUAGAUAAUAUGUAUUUCAUUUUAAUUUUCAUACUUUUCCAGAACCACUAGAGUUCACAUUCCUAAACAAAAGUUGAUAUUUCAAUUCAUUCUUAAAUAAGUGAAUACAUUUUUUCGUAAUGUUGCCUGAAAUAAUUGUUGUACACCGUGUUUGUAAAAUAAUGUGCAGAACACCAAUUACCAUUAAAGUAUCUUAAUAACUGUUCCGUUAGAUCAUGUUAGAUAAUGGAAUGUUGAAUGUUCCGUUUUUGUAUUAUAAGUUAUAAGAGAACAAUGAAGAAAUGUUUGCAAUGAAUAAAUCGUUAAGAAAA